CUGGAGGAGGAAGUGCGUGCGGUGGCGCUCAGCCGGCCGGGAUGGAGGAGGACGUCGGGGCCCAGGUGGUGUUGCACAUUGUGGUGGUGGGCUUCCAUCACAAGAAGGGCUGCCAGGUUGAAUUUUCUUAUCCACCAUUGAUUCCAGAAGAAGGACACGAUGGUCACAGCUUGCCCGAGGAAUGGAAAUACCUUCCAUUUCUUGCUUUGCCAGAUGGAGCACAUAACUACCAAGAGGAUACCGUUUAUUUUCAUUUGCCUCCAAGAAGUGGAAAUCAAAAGACAGUUUAUGGUGUUUCUUGCUACCGUCAGAUUGACGCCAAGACCCUGAAGGUUCGUCAAGCAGAUGUCACGAGAGAAACUGUUCAAAAGAGUGUCUGUGUGCUCAGUAGGCUGCCACUUUACGGGUUGCUUCAAGCAAAAUUGCAACUCAUCACACAUGCUUAUUUUGAGGAAAAAGAUUUUUCACAGAUUUCUAUCUUAAAGGAACUUUACGAACACAUGAACAGCUCUUUAGGAGGAAAUGCUUUGGAAGGAUCCCAGGCUUAUUUGAGUCUAUCUCCUCGUGAUCUAGUUCUCCAUUUCAGACAUAAGAUAAUAAUUCUCUUCAAAUUGAUUCUUUUAGAGAAAAAAGUUCUGUUUUAUUUGUCACCAGUGAAUCGUCUGGUUGGAACCUUGAUGACUGUACUGUCACUAUUUCCAGGAAUGGUCGAACAUGGUUUAGCAGAUUCAUCACAAUACAAACCACGCAAGAGCACAUCAGAGGAUGUUGUUUUCCAGGAACAUGGUUUAAAUACUGAAGAAUAUGUUUCUAUUUCUGUGUCAGAUGUUGCAAGAGUUACUUCAGAAUUCAGUGUAGAGGGAAAAUAUCCAGCAGGAGAUCAUCAGACAAAUAUUCCAGCAAAGGCGGUAACUUUUUCAGAUGUACAAAGGUCUGAGCAGGUAGAUGAUAGACUGCAGCUGCAAUUACGACCUCCACCACACACUUCACCCAACUCAUCUGAAAGCGAUUGGGAAACUUUGGACACAAGCAUUCUUGACGCAGACAAUGGGACAAAGGAAGAGGCAUUGAAUGAAAAGAAUAACCAAAAAGAAGUGUUUACCUCAGGUUCCUUGGUUUCGCAGUCUUUGCCAAUCACUGUGCAACCACAGGCAAAUACAGUUGAGACAGUGAUAGCACCAGGUCUAAUAUCUGGUCUCGAGGAAGACCAGUAUGGAAUGCCCUUAGCUAUCUUUACAAAGGGUUACCUUUGUUUACCAUAUAUGGCUUUGCAGCAGCAUCAUCUUCUCUCUGAUGUCACUGUGCGUGGAUUUGUUGCUGGGGCAACAAAUAUCCUUUUUCGACAGCAGAAACACUUGAGUGAUGCAGUUAUUGAUAUUGAGGAAGCUGGCAUACAAACACAUGAUCCAGAACUACGCAAACUAUUAAACCUCACUACAGCAGACUUGCGUUUCGCAGACUUUUUGGUGAAGCACGUAACUGAAAAUAGGGAUGAUGUGUUUCUCGAUGGGACAGGUUGGGAAGGAGGAGAUGAGUGGAUCAGGGCGCAGUUUUCACUCUAUAUUCAUUCCCUUCUUGCCACAACGUUGCAGCCAGAUAAUGAGAAAAUGUUGGCAGACUAUGGCCUUCCAUUUGUCACUGCCUGGAAGAAUACACACAACUUCAGAGUGUGGCAUAGCAACAAACACCCUGCUGUAACUCAAGUUAAUCCUGGCCAUCCAUUUCAGGGGCAUUACAAUGUAUCGGAUGUCAAACUAAGAUUGUCACAUUCCGUACAGAAUAGUGAACGUGGAAAGAAGCUUGGAAACGCAAUGAUCUCCACAAGCCGCAGCAUGGUACAGACAGGAAGGGCAGUCAGUCAAUCUGUAGGAGGGGCACUCACAAGUGCCAAGUCUGCCAUGACCUCUUGGUUUUCUACCUUCAAUCAACAAUCUGCUGCACCCUUCUCUGAGAGACAAACAGGGAAACACUGACCACAUCAGGUGCAAUGAUUAUUGCAUGCACUGGGCAUUCCAAUAUUAUUCUGCAGGGAAUUGGAACUCGUAAAUGACCAGACCUUUUAGUGAUAAAUCAUCAGUAUAUGUUCCCUAUUUCCAGUGCCAGGUAACAGAGAUCAGAUCUAUUUUGCUUAUAGCUUCAAUCUGAGACCAACUGUGUUUUCACUAUUAGAUGCUGGCUGAUUUAUGUAGAAUGUGUAUUUUGGCCAAUUUUCAACUGUUGUACUGAAGCUUUUGGCCAAUUGUCACAGAAGUAGUAUUUCUUAUUUUACAUAAAAAUGUCAGAGGCUGUGGAUAAAUGUAUUUACUAAUAAUGUUUGCCUCUGCUUGGAUUUCAUAUUCAUUGCUUGGGAUUAACUUUUAAAGUGGUAAAUUUAUAUUUUUUCUUUCACAUUUUCAACUUUGAAUCAUAAGAAUGUUCCAGUAAAUAUAACUGCUAAAGUAAUUAAAACCUAUUUCUGAUCUUUUUGAUUCUACCAAAGAGAUGCUGUGUAGUGACAGUGUAGGAUACACGUAGUGACAGUGUAGGAUACACGUAGUGACUGGGAUGUAAAUUUUUAAUCUGUUCAAUUUUAAGCAACUGAGAUAUUGCAGUGCUUGUGUAAGGAAACCCCUGCUUCAGACUUGAUUAAGUUGCAUUAAAAUAAAAGGGAAACUGUUCUGGGUCCAAUAUCUCCACUUCCCAUCCAAGACUGAAGUUAACAUCACAUACUGAACUGCAAUUUUCAUAUCAUGAAAACUAAAUAUUUAAUAUUUAUGCUUGUAAUGCAUUGAUUCUUAAUAGCUUUUGAAUAAUAAAAUAUGUAAUAGCUUGUGACAAUUCAUUCAUUUUAAAAUAUAUUCUUCAAGGCUUGAAAUAAACUUGUAAAUAUGACUUUCCAGUUAUACUGUUAAAUUAACAUUUUCUUUGGUGCAAAUCAUUAAGCCUGUUAUUUGAUCUAAUGCAGAAAACUAACUGAAAGUAGGCAUUAAAAAGUGUCAGUCAGAUGUCCUAAGUAAAAGCAUUCUGGAGGAAAUAGAACAUGCAAGUGGACUUUGGUCUUAAGUUAAAGAGUAAAGUUUACAUCCACAGCCACAUGUUGCAUCGUUUUGUUUUUGAAAGGGGUAGAAAAUAAUGUACAAGUUUGUUUUGCAGUAUAGUACAGUUCUUUUCACUUGAUUAGAAUGUCUUUGGAAUCAGCUGAGACCAGUUUCAAUCUCUAACUGCAACUUAUUUUAGAGGGAUGCAAGCUCAUCUCAGACAAAAUGGAUUUAGAAGAAAAAAAAGCAUGAACUACAUUUGAUCUGCCAUUGUGAAUGCAGAAUCAAGUUGUAACAGAUCAUAUCAACAGAUCAUACUUUGCAUAUUCUAAGUGGUUUGAUUCAUUUGACAUUUUCAGAACAUUUUGUGAAACUGCUUAGAUGUAAUACUAAAUUUUGAUGUGUGAUUCAAUAGAAAAUAGCUUUGCACAUGUUAUUUGCUCUAUUUACAAUUUACUGUGAAUUUUGUUUUCAGUAUGUUGUUAUCACUUGGUUUUGUUCUAUGACAAUUGCAAAUAAAACCAUUGUCAGGGA